AUGCCGCCCGUGCCUGACGUCGGUCACCACAGUUAUGAGCCCAGCUUACCACAUCACCCCUUUCUACUGUUAACCAGACGAAGGAUAUCGUCGCAGAUAUCUGUUCUCACGAGCACGACAAGGCUAACCUGCCGCCGGGACUUCCCCGUUUGGUACGACGCUCUCUACGCCGAAGCCGACGCAGCAGACGUCUGGGAUCUCAUAGACCCAGACGACACUACGUCUCCGUCAGACCCAAGAGAGGACGAUGAAGAACUCUCGAUCGAAUCAUGGAUCACGCAGCAGAACGAAAAGCAGCGUAGAACCUAUGAUCGGAAGCGGAAAGCCUACGAUUCGAUUCUCCAGCAUAGGGCAGAAGCGAGUGACGAUACAGGGGAAGAACUCCAGGAGCCUGUAGCACAACCAACUCUCACGCAAAACACGCCCGGGAUCUUUGAAAGAUAUACGAACUACCUCGCUUCAAAAUCAGGCCGCGACGUCCUCAAAACUCGUCGGGAGCGGGACUUCGACUCUAUUCAGCGUUGGGUUAAGGAAACGGUCGACAAGGACAUCCUCUACGCUGCGAGAUCGGAGAUCCUAGCGAACAACCAACGUUCACUCCGUGCUCUUAUUCAGUACCUUCGGAAACGCUACGCUCCAAGCAAAUCAAGCAGUCAAACUACAGUUCGCGAAGAGUACCUUCUCCUCCUGGAAAAGGCCAACACAAGCGUAAACCCCCAGACCUGGCUAAGAGACUUCCAUCGAGUACUGCUCCGCGCGCUUCGAUUCAGAAUACCGGAAAGCCAGGGAACGCUCGCUUCGAAAACUUUUCUUCGAGCGGUGGGACACCGUUUUGCCCCCUCCUGGGCGACCUCCGAGCUCACUGAAAUUGUCAAAAUGGAGCGCAAGGGGGACCGCAUCCCUACUGUAAGUGAAUACAGGGAUAUGCUGGAGGACUUGCUGUAUGAGGACACCCUAUACGACAAAAAUCGGGGUAAAACAAGCGGUGUGUACGCUACCCUUGCCGGUCGCCCGAGCGAAGCAAUCUCAGAUGGAAAAAGCGGUUCGAAAGGAAAAGGCAAAUCCGAAGCGUGCCCCUGCAACAAACCCCACAACGCAAACCCCCUGGAGUGCACCCGCGUGGAGUACGCCCUUACCGGGCGAAUCAAGCCUUCCCAGGACAAACUAUCGAGGGACGAGUGCAAGGAGAUUCGAAAGCGUAUCAAUCAGUCCGAGAACUAUGAUCUCCGAGCCGAAUUAGCUCGGAAAGGCUGGAUCUGGGCGACGGAACCUCCCAGCUUCCGAAACCCAGCGCCGCCUCGCAAUAGGUCGUCAGGAAAUACCGGCUCUAAAGCGAAAUCGCAGCAAGAGGAGAAUGAGUCAGAGGUGACACUGAAGAGAAAUAUCCACGCAGUAACGAUCAGCCGUGAACUUCUCCGGGAAAUUUCGGACGACUUCGACUCGGACUACGACCAACCAAACGUAUUUGCAACCCCACUGACGGGACCCCAUGUUCUGUCACGAAGCACGGUUCUCGACAACUGCGGAGCUACGCACCUUGUUAACAACCUUGACUUGCUUGAAUCGUCUUCUAUUAAAACGUGCAUCGGCGACGAGAGAGUCGACUCAGGAACUGCUUCGUACCCAAUCCUAGCAAAGGGAACGUGGAUCUUGCCAAAAGCACUAAAUGGCCCUGAUGGAGACCUCACAGCAGACCUUACGCUCCAUAACGUUGGAUACGUAGAGAACUUUCACGGAACGUACAAAAACAGCGUGGUAGUCAAGCAUCUUGUUAGGAAGAUGAACAUUACUUUCUUCGAAUAUAAGACCGGUUCCCAGUAUAUUGCUCAGAAGCGAAUUACCUCGAGUAACGCAGGAAUCGUGAACCAUUUGGUGCUUGCACUACAGGAUCCCGCUCGACUCUCGCUUCGUAAACCACCUGAUAGGGUCUCAUGGGAUCUCUUCGACUACCCGACAAGCUUUGACAAGAACCGCUGGCUCUUAGUGAUCAAAGACGAAUAUACCGGUCGUCUUUUCGCGUUUCCGCGCCAUAACGGGAUUGAAAUCGAAGAGACACCCCCCUACACCAAGGAACCCAAUGGCGGAGGCGAACGAGCGGGCCAGGAAUUAAUAACCCGAGCGAUAAAGAUGCUCAGCGCAGCGGGCCUGCCAACUACUCUCUGGGUGGAAGCAGUCAUGGCAGCCGCCUACCUGUACAAUAUGUCACCACGGAAGCGAAGAGCUUGGCUCUCACCAAUUCAAAUCUCGGAACCUCCGGCUACGGCGAACCCAGGACUCCAAUUCCUCGGACUCGCAAAACCAAGCGAACUCGUAUUUUCACUUGAAGAGCAGCCCCUGCCACCUGCCUUCGCGCCGUCGACCGUAAUCUCAGAAGAGACAACGGUAAAACGCUCCGCGGUUAACAGCCGACGCGAAGAGGGCCUGCUCACCCCGGAACCGACCCCUGAGCCGGCCGCAGCGCCGGAGGGGACGGACGGGCAAACGACCGGCCAACAAAGCUCCGAAGCGAUGGACGCCGGCGUUCCCGACCCGGGGCACGAAGCCCUCUCUGAGGCGGUCGAAGACGUGAUAUACGUCAAGACCAACAACGAACCUCCACGAGAACCGGCCGUGGAGGCCGACUCGAGUAAUGAUCUCGGGGGUGACUCCCCAACUCACCCGGUGCGGCCACACUCGGAUAAUAGGAACGGGCGCGAACCCGAGAUAAAGACCAAGCGGGUGUACAACCGCAAGGACUACGGCCAACAACAGGGCAAACCGAGACGAUCACCUCGCUUCGCCCAACACUUCGCAUUCCUACAAACGGAACAGCGGUCACUCCACAGCGAGUGA